AGCAUCACGUGGGAGUACAAUGCUUUUCCUAGUCUACAUCCCAAGUAAUGCAUUAUUCCGAGCUGAAGGGACCGUCUCUCUCCUUUUUAAUUUUUUAUUUAACCUUUAUUUAACUAGGCAAGUCAGUUAAGAACACAUUCUUAUUUUCAAUGACGGCCUACCCCAGCAAAACACGGACUACGCUUGGCCAAUUGUGCGCCGCCCUAUGGGACUCACAAUCACGGCCGGAUCCUUAAAGCCAGCUGCUGGAGAGAGCCUAUCUACAACCUACCAUUCCAUGGAGGAAUAGAAAGUGGACAUGAUAAGGCAUCUUGGUUCUACUCCAAAAGGAUUCACAGCGCUUUGUCCCCAGAUGUGAACAAUUUAAAGUUAGUAGGCUAAACAGAAAACGUAUUUGAAUUGUUAUAGUCGACUGUGUGUGGAUCACCGGGCUUUAGUGACAAAAAGUUGAGACAGUUGACAGUAAAACAAUAGUAGACAUUCUCUGCGCGUCGCGCAGCUUGGAGCAGUUUGUACAGCCGUGUGGCCAACAGUCCAGUUGCGCGUUUAGGAAAUGGAGCGAAACAAUGAAACCUUUUUUCUUUGGAAGUUUAUUAUUUUUCUUAUCGGCACUCGAUUAUAAAUGUAAUGGUAAUACAAACUGACUGAGCAAGCCAACCAUGAGUGUUGAGAAACAUGACUUGCGUUAUAAUUUUCCAUGCGUAAUGGACAAAUAACACCAGCUACAAAGAAGCACCCUAUUUUACAGGGCCGUGGACAGCGGUAGUGAUGAUUUCAGCUGGUGGAGUGAUCACGGGCCACCUUGCUGCACUGAAGAGGCAGGACUCGGCCCGCUCCCAGCACCACCUGCCCAUCCAGUCCACAGCCCCAGGAGAGGCCCAGGAGAAGAGGAGGGCCAAGCGUAAACCUCGGGCCGACGUGGUGGUGGUUAGGGGAAAGAUCCGCCUCUACUCUGCCUCUGGGUUCUUCCUCAUCCUGGGUGUGUUGAUCCUGAUGAUGGGCAUCGCCAUGGCCGUGCUGGGUUACUGGCCCCACAAAGAGGACCUCAUAGCGGCCGGUGCCAAGCUAUCCACCAAUGACACCAGGGUGACCCGGGAGGAAGGCGGUACGCUGGCCCAGUUCUUUGAGCAGCACCUGCACUCUGAGAAGAUGAAGAUGCUGGGCCCCUUCACCAUGGGAAUUGGUAUCUUCAUCUUCAUCUGCGCCAAUGCCAUCCUGCACGAAAACAGGGACCGGGAGACCAAGGUGAUCCACAUGAGGGACAUGUACUCCACCGUCAUCGACAUCCACAGCCUGAGGAUCAAAGAGCACAAGUACAUGAAUGGGGCCUACUCUGGCCCCUAUGGGGAGCAUGAGGUCAGGACCUAUGAGAACCAGUGUGCCUCCAAGCUAGCUGCUAACACCCUGCUAGGGGUCUCCAGCAUGGGGAACGAUGUGAGGGUGUCUCGCAGGGCCAGCUCUACAGAGGACGAGGAGGGUCUUCUCAACGAGGCCAAAGGGGGGCAUGGCUUACUGCCUUCGUUCUACAGAGAGCGCUCUGGCUCCAUCUUUGGUCUGCAGCAUGAGGGCAGCCGCCACUGGGACAAGAAGAGCAGCUUCCCCAAGAGAUGCCAGACCAGAUCAAUCGUCUCAUCCUCGAUCAGCGCUUUCACCCUGCCCGUUAUCAAGCUCAACAACUGUGUGAUCGACGAGCCUGACAUGGAUAACAUCACAGAGGACCUGGAGCACAUUAGGGUUAGGUCCCGACACCCCUCUAUGGAGUCCCUGGCUGUGCCUGUCCCGGCGGACAUUGCCAAAGCCUACAAACCUCCCGGCGUCAUGCUCCUCAGGAGUAACUCGGCCACAGAGUCCCACUCCUUCUCGUCCUCUCGUAGCUCUCUGUCCCCAGGGUCUGCCAGUGGGAGGUACCUGUCCCCCGGGGCUGCCCGCAAGGACUUCGGCUCCAACAACUCCCUCCACAUGCUGUCUUCUCACUCCAAGUCUCUGGACCUGGAUCGAAGGCCCACCAAUCUAACAGUGAAGCCAGAGCAGAGGAAACAUCCCAGCUGGCCCCGGCUGGACCGCAGCAAUAGUAAAGGUUACAUGAAGCUGGAGAACAAGGAGGAUCCUAUGGACAGACUGCAGCUGCCCCAGGUAGCAGUCAAACAGGAUUACACCAAGAAAGAGAAGCUGCUCAUGAUCUCCAGGUCUCACAAUAACCUCAGCUUUGAACACGAUAAGCAGUUCAUUAGCAACACUAUGAAACGAGGGAGCUCAGAGACCAGGUUUUAAAUGGAACUCUUACAAAACCUGGUUCCAGAUGUGUUUGUGCUGUCUUGCCAACUCCUAUGGUCAUUGCCACCUGAUGAGGACCAUAGGAGUUGGCAAGAAAGCAUAAACACAUCUGGGACCAGGCUAUAUAAAGCCCACUACUUGGACCUAAAUCUAAUAAUAUGUUUGUUUGUGUGACAAGAUCAUUCUGCAAUACAAAUGACAAUUCUAGCUGUUCACUGUCAGAGUGUUGCUUAGUAAAUUGUAAGUGUGAUUACAUGUUGUUUUGGGAUGGAGCGCUCAGGUAGUCAGUCUGUUUGCAGUUAAAAGAAAUAGGGGCUGUGUUACAUGUGUGUGAGAUAUUUGCAGCACAAAUCAAUUCAUAAGACAUUUUGAAAUUAGGUUCAAAGUGAACUUGGAAAUACAGAAACCAAUACCAUUAACAUGUGGUUUGUUUUUCUUGUCACGUAUCUAUAGUCUUUGCUUUGUUGCAACAGGCAGUAUUGUUUGUUCAAACUGGUCAGUGUACGUACAAGAGUUGGCUAGAUAUUUUGCUAUGGCGCUUUUAAUAAUGUAUUGUUCUCAACACACACUGCUAUUUUUUUUUAAAGAAAAAUGAUUUAACGCGUGAAAUGUACAAUUGACCAAUUUCUCAGAAUAAAAUGAAGCUUAUCAGGGUAACAUUUGUCUUUUAUGAUAGCACUAUAUUGUUCUCCCCAGCCUUAUGGAAAUGUGCUAUGUAUUCACAGAAAAGUAUUUAACCUUGCCUUAUUAGAUGUAUUUUAAACACAAAGAUAGGUUCAUUAUCAUAAACAGUACAGAGUAUUUCUGCUCCCAUCUGCUAUUCUGAUGUUCAUUUUAUCUCUUGAAUUCUUAAAGUGAAUGAACCGAGAAAUUCUUCUAACAUUUGCCUUCUCACCCCACAAACUUUGAAUCUGUCAGAAGGGAAUUUUUUUCCCUUUGGCAAGGAAGUAAAUAGCAUUCCUAUAUUGAACAAUAGGAGAUCUGGGAGUAUCGAAUUGGAAGCUGCCAGAGUAGAGAGGAGUCUCAUAAGAUGGUUCCAUCUGGAGGGGGAGUCAACCAAGAUGUGUGUGACUUCCAGGAAGCCUGAUUUUUAAACAAGGAUUACACAUUGUCAAUAUGAACAGGAGAAACUGUGCCAUAUGGAUGCUGAGGAUCUGAUAUAGUUUUCAUGUUUUCUUUUGCUGAAAUGUUUAUCUGACUGCAAUUAGGAAGACAUUGGAUUUAAGAUUUUAUAGUUUUAUGUUUUCUCGUCAAAAUUGAUUUUGUUUAUCUUAUAUUGGCAGUGUCCCCUUUUUGUUUAUCUGUAAGAGGUAGUCUUUUGUAAAACGGCAAUCAAUUAAACAUUGGAUGUCUGGGUACAAGUCUAUUUUGGACAGGUGGAGUGGUGUGAAUUCCAAUCUGCCUCUCAUAUUCUUCAACAAUACAGCCUCUGCCUUGCCAAUUUGGUCUGUUAUUGCUAUGCUCUCUUAGCAUGGGUAGACUAUUCACAAUAUAUCAUCUUCCCUCAAGCCACUCAUAAAAUAAUAAGGUAAUAUCAUCCCACUGAGCACACACUGGUUGAAUCAACGUUGUUUCCACGUAUUUCAAUGAAACUACGUUAAACUAACGUGGAAUAGACAUUGAAUUGACGUCUGUACCCAGUGGGAUAUGGAUGAAGUACUGACUAAACCUCUGAUGUUCUUAAGUAGUGAAUAUUCCUUCAUGCAAUGUAAUAAAGAGUAUAUUUUGCUUUGA